AUGAUGAAUUCGACAGUGAAAAAUCGAAGGGUGGAUCGAAUAUCGAUCUUAUUGCAGGAAUUCAACAUCGAAAAAGUUAUCCACAUCAAGGGUCAACACAAUUGCUUAGCCGAUUAUUUGUCUCGAGAUCCAAUUACAAGGGAAGAAGAAUUAUUUGGCGAAGAUUAUGGAAUUGCAAAGCAAGUGAAGUGGGAACCGACUGCUACAGUGCGUGUUUCUGAUGGAACUCCUCCACUGGUGGGAGCUGUUCUGAUCCGGCCCAAAGCAAAACAACUACAAGACCAAGAUGUGAUGGAAAUUACCCCAUUCAAUCAGAAGAAAAUAACAACAUCAACCGUAGAAGAAACAACUGAUCAACAAGCAAAAUCUCCACCGAAAGUUGGUCGAAAAUAUGAUUUCGAUAUGAACAAAUUGGAAGCCGAACAAAUGAAUGAUCCUAUCAUUAAACAGAAGAUUGCGGAAGUUAUGAAUAAUCCAACCAAAUGUUCUUAUGAAGUGAAGGAUGGUUCAUUAUACAAGCUAGUUAUGAUGCAUAUCGGUUCCAAGACGAAUAAGAAAAUUUAUCACAACCAUCCACUUACUGGACAUUUUGGAGUUCAACGAACAUACCUGAAGAUCAAAAACAAGUUCUGCUGGCCGAAUAUGAAACAGUCGAUCACACGAUACAUACAAUCAUGUUUACCAUGUCAACAGCACAACGCUAGUCGAUUGAAAAAGCCUGGUCUUUUACAACCGAUCACUCCUCCAGAAGGACUAUUUCAAUUAAUACGGGGUACCAGCAGCGAUAUUAUCCGAUCAAGGCACACAUUUCCACAAUCAGUUGAUGGAAGCAAUGGCGAAAUUAAGGCGAACAAGUUCCUGGGAGGUUUAUCUUGGUACAGAAAAUUUAUUCCUGGAUUCGCAUCGAUAGCUGCACCGAUACACAAAAUAACGAAUUUAACCAAGGAAAACAAGAAGAAUUUCAAAUGGGAAGAGCCGCAACAUAAGGCAUUCUUGAAAUUGAAACAACAUCUGGUGACUUCUCCAUUAUUUCUUGAUUAUCCAAAUGAUGCUUAUCCAGUUAUUCUAACGACAGACGCAUCGAAAAUAGGUAUUGGUGGAACAUUACAACAGAAUAUUAAUGGUGAAAUGAAGAAUCUCUAUUAUCACUCUCAAGUUACGUCCUCCACUCAAAAGAGAUAUGAUCCGAUUGAACUAGAAGCGUUGGCCAUCUGGAUGUGUUUUCAACGUAUGAAGCCCUAUUUAUUAGGACGAUCUAUUAUCAUCUACACGGAUCAUUGCCCAUUAUGUAACAUGAUGAAUUCGACAGUGAAAAAUCGAAGAGUGGAUCGAAUAUCGAUCUUAUUGCAGGAAUUCAACAUCGAAAAGGUUAUCCACAUCAAGGGUCAACAUAAUUGCUUAGCCGAUUAUUUGUCUCGACAUCCAAUUACAAGAGAAGAAGAAUUAUUCGAUGAAGAUUAUGGAAUUGCAAAGCAAGUGAAGUGGGAACCGACUAAUGAAGUACGUGUUCCUGUUGGAACUCCUCUACUAGUGGGAGCUGUUCUGACGCGAUCUAAAGCAAAGCAGCUACAAACAAAGCAAGACCAAGAUGUGAUGGAAACUACACCACCUGAACAAGAGAAAACAACGACACCGCCUGCGGAAGAAAAAACCGAUCCACAGGCACAAUCUCCAUCGAAAGAUGAUCAUAAUUACGAAUUCGAUAUGGAGAGAUUGAAGGUCGAACAAACGGACGAUCCAACCAUUGAACAGAAGAUCACAGAGGCCAAGAAGAAUCCAACCAGAUGUUCUUAUGAAUUCAAAGAGGGCCUGUUAUACAAAUUGAUGCCGAUGCGUACCAACUCCAAGACGAAGAAGAAACUUAUUUAUGUACCAUCAUCAAUGAUCGAUGAUCUACUCCGGAUUUAUCACAAUCAUCCACUUGCUGGACAUUUUGGAGUUCAACGAACAUAUCUGAAGAUCAAAAACAAGUUCUGGUGGCCGAAUAUGAAACAGUCGAUCACACGAUACAUACAAUCAUGUUUACCAUGCCAACAGCACAACGUUAGUCGAGUGAAAAAGCCUGGUCAUUUACAACCGAUCACUCCUCCAGAGGGACCAUUUCAAUUAGUUGGUAUGGACUACUGUGGUCCACUUAAGUCAACACCUCGUGGAAAUCAAUAUGUACUCUGCAUUACAGAUUACUUCACAAGAUGGGUGGUCGCUGUUGCUGUACCUGAUUGCUCGGCACAAACAACUGCCGAAGCACUAUUCAACGAAUACAUUUGCAGAUACGGGGUACCGGCAGCGAUAUUAUCCGAUCAAGGCACCCAUUUCCACAAUCAGUUGAUGGAAGCGAUGGCGAAAUUAGUGGGAUACAAUCACACAUACUCAACCACUUAUCAUCCACAAUCGAACGGCAUGAUCGAAAGAUUCAACGCGACAUUCAUCCCGCAAAUCGCCAAACUCCAAGAUAGAGAAAACAAUAAUUGGGAUGAAUUCUUGACACCAGUAGUAUUCGCGUACAACACGGGAAUUCAUUCGACAACCGGAUAUGCACCAUAUGAGCUGCUAUUCGGCAGAGAACCAAGAUUAUCUACGGAUCAACCUCCAUCAACAUUCACAUUUCGGAAGCCCAACGAUUACUACGAGCAAUUGAAGAAGAGUAUGAUGAUCAUACAUCGAAAUGCACGUAGAAAAAUGACAGAUAAGCAGCAACAAUACAAAAAACGUUACGAUACACAACGAAAGGACCCGCAUUAUUCAAUAAAUGACCGCGUGUUGAUCAGAAAACAUGGAUUGAAGAACAAGUUAGAUCCGAAAUAUUCAGUCACUCCUCAAAUUAUCGUUCGUGAUCAACAUCCAGUCUAUAUCGUUCAGGACGAAUCAACACAUGUGGAAACACGGGUACAUGUCAAUGACAUUCGACCCAUUUAUAGUUCACAAUCGAAUUAA